AUCAUAAUUUCACACAGUUAGGUGCAUAGAAUUAGUCAGUUAGAAGAACUAAAUUUAUACUAUUCCAGGAUGUGUCAUAUUUAUGUUCUGACAUUCAAGCAAAUUAUUUUUCAAUAUCAUGUCUGUUGUAGCAAAUUAUUUUUUUAUGACUAUGCAUGCAUUCUGCAUCAUAAUGGUUUGAAUCGCAGUAUGUUGACGUUUGUGUCCCCAAACUAAUAUAGAUUGGUGUAUGUUUGUACUACCUUUUCUUGCUGCUUCUUUUGCUAGAUGAGUCAACCUGCACGUGGUAAUUUCUAUGAUGAUGUCCAAGAUGAUCAUGAGUAUUUAGACUCAUCUGAGAGAGAUACUGAUGAUGAAAAUUAUGAGGGAGCUCCAAAUGACAAUGCACACAGUCAUAGUUCUGGUUUUGUCCAUUUGAGUUCACUUGAUGAUGAUGCACUUUUUAAUAUGCUAAAGAAAUCAGUGUGCACUUCAUUCAGGCACUUUAUUUCUGAAGCAUCUGGUUGUGUUGGUAGCAGCUCCAAAGUUUCUCAUGCUGCUCGAAAUACAAGCAAUGGUAAUAGUCGUGGUGUUGCUUUGAAGGCUGUCACAAAGCAAAAUAUAUCCUAUUUUUCAGAGGUUCUUGGCUCUCUGAACAAACACAAGCGCGAUGUCAUUGAGUCUUAUGGUUUUGGAUCUUUGCUUCUAUUUGAUAAGUGUGCAGUACCCCUCGCAUUUGCUCGUUGGGUGGCUGAUCAUGUCCGUGAAAGCAACUGGGACAUUGUAUUGAAGAAUAAGUCCAUCCCCAUAACCCCACAAACUGUCCAUGAUGUGCUUGGCAUCCCGCUUGGGGGGAAGACAAUCUCAAAAGCACGUGCAGAACAUGGAAAGCUUGCUUUCUUAAGGUCAAUGAACAUGUCCAGUCUGCCAUCCUUGAAGGUUUGCGGUCAAAAUAUUCUGAAAGAUGGUAUUUCCGAUGACGACCUUGUCCGCAAUUUUCUUGUAGUUGCACUAGUUGCCUUCCUAUGCCCGAACUCAAAUGUUCGCCCUAGCACCGAGUACCUCAAACCACUGGUUGAUGUUAAGAAAGCCAAAGAGUGGACCUUUGUGUUGUGUAUCUUGAUUUUCUCAAUACUGGCCAGCAACAAGUACCACCAACACUCCCUCGUAUUACCUUUCAAGUCAACUUGUUAUUACAAACAAACUGGGGGUAGAACGCCAUCUCCAACUUGUGUUAUUAAUGGUGCCACUUUCAAGAAGACACUCGUUGAAACUAUUCAUGGGAAUAUGUCUCCUGAGACGCUGAAUGAUGUCACUGAACUAUACACGAAGUAUGCAGCAGGGAACAUUGAUUCAGCUCCACAAACUGCUCAAAAUAUCAUUAUUGAUGUCAUCAAUUAUUUUCACCAGCGAGCUCAACGUGAUAAGAUAGCGAGCACCAGCAACGAUGACAUUCCAAACGAUCAGAAUGAUACUAGAUGCAAUAUCGAUGGCAAUCUACCUGCAGGAGAAGACCUACCCGCUGAUGGUCGCGCUCAUGUUGAUGUUGAAGGUAAUGGGGAGGCUUCAGCCGCACACGAUGAUUGUAGCGGCAAUACUAUCAUUAUCACUCCAAGCAGUGGUGACUGUAGCUCUGCCCCAGAGAGCAUCACAAAAACUGUGAAAGUUUCAGGGAGUUUCUAUUGCACACCAGAUCAGUUGGACUCGUCCCGAGGUGUUGGUUCUAAAUCAAAGAGGAGGAGAUUAUCCAUAUCUCCUGCAAGUGCGAACAAUGAAUGUGGCGGUUCUAGUGUUGCUGAACGGACACGGUCUCGUCGUACAUCAUUUUCGCCACAUGCAGCAACUCCAGAUCAACCUACAUUUGUCGAUAAUCCAGAGUCUAUCUUGAGGAAAAAGCGUUUGGCUUCACGUUCGCGCACACAACCAGACAAAAUUUUGGAGGGUAAUUCUCUUGCUGAUGCUGAUGAUGUUAUUUUCUGUGGGUACUUUCCUUCGCAACAACCAUCUUCAAAGCUGUUGUCUUCAUUACCGCCUGAUGGGUCUUCUGAUCAUAACGAACAGAGACUUGAGGCUUUAAAGCGGAUUGUAAACAAGGGUUUGAAGGAUCGAUUGGCCAAACAUGGGAAGCAGCCCCUACCCGACACCAAUAUUGAAGCACAGCCUGUUUGUGAUGAUGAAUUGCAUCAUAGGUUCAAUUUUUUCAGCAACAGUCCAGAUGAAGCCCUUCAAAAAGUUCUGCAACAACUUUCAGAUGCAGUUCCAAAUGCUCCUGUCGCUCCUGGGGAAUUACAUGAUAAGGAAGCUCAAGGUGAUCACACUGAUGCACCAGCAACACUAGAUUGUCCAGAGAUGAGCGCUAGCUUCAGUCAUAUGCUAGGUUCAGAUAUAUCCAGUCACAAAGCAAGGAACUUAUAUCCUCCUUCUGUUAGCUCGGGUUCUAGAUCUUCAAAAACUAUCAGUAUGAUGGACGCUCCUGCUCCAUCCUUCCGUCUGCUUGAAGAAUUUGAUGACAAUAAUAAUUUCAUUGACGAUCCACGCAAACAUAGAGCUGCUGGCUUACCUUGCGAUGGGAAUACAAUCUAUGAUGAUCCCACAUGUGUGCCAUAUCAUGAUGAGGAGCACAUUGUGCCAAACUCUGAAAUUCCAGCUCCCACCCACAGUACAAGCCAUUGUAAGCCCGCACACACCCCAAGUAUUGCCGAUGAGCCACCAGGUGACGGCAUCAAUGCUGAUCAUCAUCAGGAUAGCCCUGUUUUUGAUAGAACACCAGACACAAAUUAUGACUCGUCACGCGAAGCAAUUCCACUGGCAGCUGUUGACAUUCAAGGCCGUCUCAUAUUACUAAGCCCCCAAGAAUCACCUGCAACCCCUGAAGUUCAAAUUACUGGAUUCAAGGAUUUCAAUGCUUCCUGCAGCACAAUGGCCAAAGAAGUUGACGAUAUCUACAAUGCUUCUUGCAGCAAAGUUACCAAAAAGGUUGAUGAUAUAAACAAUGAUCCAGGAAUCUCAUGUUUCAAAAAAUGUGAAAUGAUUGGAUUCAAUCUUGGUAGUUCUUCAGCAGGAAAGCAGCCAAGGCGCCCCCGACGUAUAAUACAACCCAAUUCUUAUUACAGAAACUUUCAAACCAAUAAGUGCAAUACAAGAUUCAUUGUUUCACCUCAAGACUUACUAGCCUAUGAAUGCAUCCUUUUUUACGGGUCUCACCGAGAGUAUGCAAGCACUGAAGUAAUCAAUUAUGACAAUGUUCGUGUUAGUCAUCAGCAGCUAGCAACAUUGAGGUGUUCUGAAAAAGUAUCUGUUGAUAAGUUUGUCAUCAAUGCGUUUUGCCGGAAGAUGUUCAAGGAUAAGCACCCUAAAGAUUCUCGCCGUCAUUUCUUCUUCUCCACAGUUGGUGAUUAUCUUAUGAACCAUGAAUGGAACCAGACUUUCUUACAUGACACUUGUCGGAGAUGCUUCACACUUGCAAAUGGAUGUUUCAAGUUCAUAGCAUCAGAUUACCUUUUCUUCCCAAUUCUACAUGACGACCACUGGUUCUUGUUCAUUGUCGCUCAACAUGAUGGUUACUUUAUCUUCCUCGACUCAUUCUUCCGUGAAGAUGAACUGUACCAACAGAAUGUUAGAAGCACUAUUAUACCAAAUUUUUUGAGAGCCUGGGAUGAUUUCAUUGGUGUAGAUUGGAAUUUUCAUGAGUUUGUCAUCCACUACGCACCUGUCCCGAAGUAUGAUAUGAAGUUUUUUUCAAAGUAUGAUGAUGGAGUUUUUGUGAUGAAGUUUCUGGAGUUGUGGGACCCACACGUCGACAUGUUACAAAAAAUUUCAUCAAAUAAUAUCCCAGAUAUCAGGGUGCAAUACAUAAUACUGGAGCUAAAGCGAAGACCUGGAUUCCAACCAUCUAGUUCUUUGCAGUUCUAA